CUAAUCCAGUCCAAAGCUCGUUCGUUCCAAGCCCUUUUUCUUGCCCGUUAAUCUCCUUUCAUCCACCACGUGCAGCUCUAUCUCUGAGCCAUCCCUGCCCUCGAUCUACCUCCUUCUUCCACCUCGCUGCUGGCGUCUCUGUCGCUUCUGCGCAUGAUAGCCACGACCACAGCCGAGUGCAUGAACGUUUAGUGCGUUGAUCGAGCUGUAGCGGAGAUUGUUGUGAAGAUGAUGGGUUCUGAUCUCCACUCGUCGAGGGAAGAGAUGGAAAGUCUCAUUCUGGAUGAGCCGCUGAAUGGAACAUCAUAUUCUAAUUACCGGAGUGCGAUGUCGUCUCUCUCCGAUGCGCACCAUCCUCUGUCGUCGCCGAUGCUGACUACUCCGGCGGAUACGGAUCCAUUGAUAUCGCCGCUGAUGUAUCGCGAUUUUCGGAACCCUAACGCGCCGGAUCACUCCUACGUCGAACCACCGUCGUACGCUGAUGUGAUUUUCAGUCCGUUUGAGGGGGAGAAUGGUGGCAAUGUCAACGGCGUGGAAAGCCCUAGCCAGAAAUCGGAGAGUUCCAUGGUUAUGUCGAGAUCCGGGUCGUCUAGUUCUGAGUAUUUGAAAAUUACGGUAUCGAAUCCGCAAAAGGAGCAGGAGAGUUCAAAUUCGAUAGUUCCUGGAGGUAAUACUUACGUCACGUAUUUAAUCACUACGAGAACGAAUGUACCGGAGUUUGGAGGAUCGGAAUUUAGCGUUCGAAGGCGGUUUAAGGACGUGGUGACUCUAUCUGAUAGGUUAUCGGAGUCUUUUAGAGGGUUUUUUAUUCCUCCAAGGCCUGAUAAGAGUGUUGUAGAGAGUCAAGUGAUGCAUAAACAAGAGUUUGUGGAGCAAAGGCGAGUGGCAUUGGAGAAGUACCUGCGGAGAUUGGCAGCACAUCCUGUGAUUAAGAAGAGCGAUGAAUUGAGGGUUUUUUUACAGGUUCAGGGGAAGCUGCCAUUGCCGAUAAGUACAGAUGUGGCGUCAAGGAUGCUUGAUGGGGCAGUGAAGCUUCCAAAGCAGUUGUUUGGGGAUUCGGGGACUGUGGUUGCACCGCACGAAGUUGUUCAGCCUGCAAAAGGGGGGAGGGAUUUGUUGAGGUUGUUCAAGGAGCUGAAGCAGUCAGUAGCUAAUGAUUGGGGAGGGUCAAAACCACCAGUUGGGGAGGAAGAUAAGGAGUUUCUUGAAAAGAAAGAGAAGAUGAAUGAUCUUGAGCAGCAGCUCAGUAGUGCAUCUCAGCAGGCUGAAUCACUCGUGAAAGCUCAGCAAGAUAUUGGGGAGACAUUGGGAGAAUUAGGGCUAGCGUUUAUUAAGCUCUCAAAAUUUGAGAACGAGGAGGCUGUGUUUAACUCCCAAAGAAUACGAGCUGCUGAAACAAAAGUCGUGGCCACUGCUGCAGUCAAAGCAAGCAGAUUCUAUCGAGAAUUAAAUGCACAAACUGUGAAACACUUGGAUGCAUUCCAUGAAUAUCUUGGAUUAAUGUUAGCUGUUCACGGUGCAUUCUCCGAUCGCUCGAGUGCUUUAUUGACUGUACAGACUCUUCUAUCAGACUUGUCUUCAUUGCAUUCAAGAGCUGAAAAGCUUGAAGCUGCAUCAUCCAAAAUAUUUGGUGGUGAUAAGUCAAGGAUCCGCAAGAUAGAAGAGAUGAAAGAAACCAUAAGAGUUACUGAAGAUGCUAAAAAUGUUGCGGUUAGAGAAUAUGAGCGGAUCAAGGAAAAUAACAGGACUGAACUUGAAAGGUUUAAUAGAGAAAGGCAUGCUGACUUCUUGAGCAUGCUGAAGGGGUUUGUAAUUAACCAGGUGGGAUAUGCAGAGAAAAUUGCAAAUGUCUGGGGAAAGGUUGCGGAAGAGACGAGUGGGUAUGCCAAAGAGUGCCCUUAAAACUGUGUUUGGAUGUAAAUUCGAACCUCAGCCUCUCCUUUCUCUUUUCUUUAUAUUUUAUUCAUGUGCACUAUUAGGAAAUAGCAACACAUACGUAAAUAAUAAAGAAAAGGGAACCAUUGGUAGUCUUUCAAAUUUCACUUUUUACCUCAUUUGUAUUGGUUAGAAGGUUGGUUGCUGGCAGGCCAAAUUUGAUGUUGUAAAUUGCUUAUUUACUUGUUUGACGCUGGAAUGCAAUCUGUAAGAUCACAAACGCUCGCUUGCUGAUUUUUUUAUUUUUAAAAUUUCUGAGAUGGGAUGAGCAA